UGUGGAGUAGUCAUGUCAAGGGUGUUGUCCGUGUGUGAUUGACUCGUUUAAGAAAAGAUGUGGUUCCAAUAUUUCACAUUAUUACUGUUCCUGUGCUGUUUGAAGUUACAUCAAAUUUACGGCCAAAACAUCAACAACACACUCACAUGGUGUACAGUCUCUGAAGGCGAACAGAAUAAAUGUCAGGCCUUCUCCAGAGCGAUUGAUCGUGAAAGAGGAUUUUUUGGCGAUACUUAUUUUUCGGUGCGAUGCCAGCAAGCUUUCAACAAAGAAGAAUGUAUGGCCAUGCUGGAUCGCGAGAAGGCACAGAUAACAACACUGGAUGCUGGAGAAGUUUUUAUAGCUGGACGAUAUCACAGUCUUGUACCAAUAAUGCAAGAAAUAUAUGAAAAUGGUUUAAAUUAUCAAUAUGCUGUCGCAGUGGUUAAGAGAAACUCUCUACCUGAUGUACAGUCAUUAUAUGAUCUCAGAGGCAAGAAGGGCUGUUUUGCUGGUGUUGGGACACUAGCGGGUUGGGUUAUUCCCAUUAAUAAACUUAUGAAAUAUGGAGGAAUGGAAAUUAUUGACUGCAAUAAUCAUGUAAAAUCAACGAUUAAAUUCUUUGGGCCUAGUUGUGCAGUAAACUCAUUAAUUGAUAAAAACAAUCCAAUUGGUGAUAAUUCUGAUCAGUUGUGUAGCCUGUGCAUUGGAGAAAUACCCGGUGGCAAAUGUACAAACAAAGAUCCUUACUCAGGAUACGAGGGAGCUUUUCGCUGCUUGGUUGAAGCGGGUGAAAUUGCCUUUUUGGUGCAUACGACUGUAAACGAGAUGACAUCAACGUCAUUUGACUUCAGUUCCGUGAAGAAAGAGCAAUUUGAACUGCUAUGCCCAAACGGUAAUCGCAGGUCUAUAGACGAUUAUGCAACUUGUAAUUGGGGUACUGUGCCAUCUCGUGCAGUAGUCACAUCUUCGGCGACAAACUUCAAAACUCGUCGAAGGUAUCAAAGAUUUUUGGAGAAGACUGUUCGAAUAUUGCACAAGAAUAAAAAUGGCACAACAAACUUCAAUCGUUUCGGCGGCAAUCAGGAAGAUUUCUUGAACCGUCCGGGUUACGACAAUAAUCAGAGAGAUUUCGAAAAUCGUCCGGGUUAUGAUAGCAAUCAGAGGGAUUUUGAAAACCGUCCGGGUUACAACAGAUUUGGUGAGGGUGACUAUAGAGGCGGAUUUAGAAAUCCAAAUGAAUAUGGUACGGACCAUUGGAAUCGUAGCAGAUAUGACCGAAGAUUUGGGGGUGGUGAUGGAAGAGGAGGAGUAGAGAGUACACACAACGACACAUUCAAUUAUUAUAAUAGAGAAGGAGAAAACUCUGAACCACCGAAUGUGCAACCAAUAGAAAUGUUUGAAUUAUUUGAAUCAGCACCCAAAUAUGGAUUGCAGCAUAAUUUAAUAUUCUCUGAUUCCUCUCGCGAUUUUGUACAAUUGUACGAAAAGGAUCAAACAUACACAGGAUAUUUAGGACAAUCUGUAAAUGAUAUAUUAGGAGUACAUCAUUGUCCCGUAAAUCGGAUGACAUUGUGCGUUACAUCCGAGCCAGAAAUGGAAAAAUGCAUAAAAAUGAAGAUUGCCUUAAAAGCCCAGCUUUUGAAACCAGAAUUAAUUUGUCAUAAAGGUCAUAGUCAAAUAAAUUGUAUGCAAUCAAUAAGAAGCGGAAUUGCCGAUGUAGCUGUAUUAGAUGCCAGUGAUGUCUAUACCGCUGGACUGCAAUUCGAACUGAUUCCGUUUAUAUCUGAGGUGUACAAUUUGGGUACACCGGAGUAUUACGUUGUCGCCGUCGCGAAGGAGGAGGAUGACAAUACAGAUCUGACGUAUCUAAAAAAUAAAAACACUUGUCACACGGGAAUCAAUACGGCUGCAGGAUGGGUUUAUCCGCUGGCAUAUCUUAUUUCUAACAAGUGGAUCAGAGGAUACGGUUGCGAUUCUGUGCGCGCUGCCGCUGAAUACUUCAGCAAAUCCUGUGUGCCGGGCGCACUCAGCACUGAAUAUAAUAUAGGUGUGCCUUAUGAUAACAUGUGCGAUUUGUGCCACGGGGUGAGCUACCGGUAUUGCCGAAGAGACGCUUCCGAGGAUUACUUUGGUUACACAGGUGCUUUUAGAUGUCUGGUAGAGGGAGGUGGUGACGUAUCCUUCGUGAAACAUACGACGGUCGCAGAGAACACCGAUGGCAAGCGCAAAGAAUUUUGGGCACGCAACACUUUCACAAAAGAUUUUGAAUUGCUUUGCCCAGAUGGUACGCGCCGCCCAACAACAGAUUACAUGAACUGCAAUUUAGGCAAAGUUGCUGCCAAUGCUAUAGUUACGCGCGGUGGUUAUUACGGUUAUAACCAGACACAGAUUAACGCAUAUAUCAAUCUAUUUAUAUACGCACAACAGUUCUAUGGCCGAAAGGAACCGGAUGAAUUCAGCUUUAGCAUGUAUUACAGCCGACCACCUUACAGCGAUCUCAUUUUUCAAGAUGCUACUCAGCAGUUGGUGGUAAUCCCGUCGGAUAAGCGGGAGUAUAGCAAGUACCUUGGCCCAGAUUUUAUGAGAGCCAGAAGAAUCGUAGAUUGUAACGCAGGUGCAUCUGCGAUAAGUUACUCGUUGUUUGCUACAAUAAUUAUGAUUGUGUUUACCUUUGCAUUUGGUAGAUAAGUAUCAUGUCCGCGAUUUACACGAAUACGCGAACAAAAAUUCGUAUCGAGAUCACGAUCGAAGAAUAGAGAUCUGACAAACGAAUCUAAUAUAGUCCAUUUUAUUAAUUGGCACAAUAUGUAUAUUAUAGUUAGCAAUCUAGUAUAUUUUAAUGCUGCUACAUAAUGCUAAUAUUAGGUUUGUUUUUUGUGGCUGAACUAGUGUACACUUUUAGAACUUAAAGUGAUAUUUUUAGGAAGCGAGAAAGAGAGUUCUAGUUCAGUC